CGUGCAUGAAGGUUACUCGUUACUACGUGCAUCGCUAUAAGAAUUUUGCAUUAUAUAUCAGUUCAAUACGCGGUUACUGAAAAUCUGACCAUGAGAUCGUAUCGUGUUUGUCUCUUUUAUUCCGUUUCACUGCCGAUUUCUCUAUUUUGAUAUCUGCUACUACAUGAAGCCACGUGUUUAUCAGUUGACGAAAAAAAUUCUAGAACAUAUAUCAAUAAGGUCAAAAAUACAGAUGUUUCGCUUUGCAUAUCUUCUAUGCAAAACAUUCCACUUAUAGUCCGCGUGUAUACCUAUACGUAUUAUAACAGCAGCGAAUUGAGGAGUCAUGUAAUCUGCGAUGUUUAAGGCGGAAUGAAAUCUUUCGCAGCCGCUAAAAUGUGUAUCUUGUCAUUAGCGGGAUCAGUAGUCAAAAAAAGUAGAGUGCACGUACAUGCAAUCCAGUCGUCAGCACAUUUUAUAUGGAAAAUUUUGAACAAAAAAACAAUUAUACUCGUAACUAAUGUUCAGAAUGAUGCUAUACACGAGUAACACUAUAAGAGACACUCACAGUGAUUUCAACUCCCGGUUUCACUCUUUUAAUCGUCGAAUAAUUGAAUUGUCAUUAUCAGAUGUACAGAAAUAGAAUUUAUAAGUUGAUCCGGGUUUCGCACUUCUCUUAUGAGAAGAACACUUAACGGAUAUCGAUGAGAAAUCAAUACCUUCCAUAAGUUCCGAACGUUCAAUUGAAUGCAAGUUCAGUUGGCAAACCUCACAAGUUUUUCCACCAACUUUCACAGAAAUUAAGUUACAAAUCUAUCAAUUCGUACUAUAAUUUUUGAGGAAACUGUCGAAUACCUUAAACAGUGGCAAAACUUAGCAUAGAUUAAUUGAUCAGUUUAUUUUAUCACAUUGUAUCAAGUCUGCAGCUGCCGAUUACAGUUAAAUAAAACAUUUGUCACCGUUUUGUCCUUGACACACCGACUUUGUCCGUGGAAUAAUUGGCCUUGACUGCACCGAACGCUUUCCAUUCGCGUACACGAUCUGAAUAAAGUUUACUCUUUAAACGUACUCGAAACUCACUCGGAGCUCGGCCGUCACUACCCAUCAAAAAUAAACAUCAGCUGUGCGAUGAUAUCGGUGGAAAAUGAAGGAGCCUGGCUAACAGCUAUUUGGACGACAGCGAUAUGUUCGGCUGCACGAAAAUGACACAGCUCAGUUAUUCUUUAACGGAUUUUGAUAACGCAUCAAGUUCCAGUGUUUCAUUAAUUUACAGCUGGGAUUCCUUAGGGACGCGGAAUGAUCCAAUCGACCCUGAAACUCAGGCUGAGAAACGAAAGAAAUGGAGGAACUUGAUUGCUUUUUGGAUUCUUGGAUUGUGCAACAAUUAUGGCUACGUUGUGAUGCUGAGUGCGGCCCACGACAUUAUUGAAAGCAAGUUUGGUUCCACGUCCUCGUCUUCAGAAACUACCAAUAACACAACGACGUCGAGAGAUUGUAAUACUUUGUCGACAGGUGCCAUACUCUUGGCGGAUAUAAUACCGUCGCUUAUGACUAAGAUCGUCGCGCCAUUCUUGCCAUUUUUCGUACACUUGAGAUUAUUGUCAUGCGUUAUUCUGGCUGCUUCCGGAUUCGUCAUGGUAGCUCUGGCUGCUUCGGAAUGGUUAGCGAUUUUAGGUGUGAUCGUUACUUCCUUAUCUUCCGGCCUAGGUGAAGUCACACUGUUGGGAUACAGUCACUUCUUUGACAAAAACGUUAUUUCAACGUGGUCAUCGGGGACAGGUGGCGCAGGUGUAAUUGGAGCGGUUUCUUAUGCCGGUCUGACGCUGUGGCUGAGCACAGAAAACACUAUUCUUGUGAUGCUGAUCGUGCCGGUAAUUGAGGCGAUCGCUUUCUGGAUUAUAUUGGUUCAUCCUAAUGAAACUGCACUGCCAGUUUCGAGCCUCGGAAAUGGCAGUACAGAAAAUAAAAAAGAGAUCGUUGCGAUUCCAGAAAAGACAUUGAAGGAAAAAUUGGCCAUAGUGCCAGGACUGCUAAAAUAUAUGAUACCGAUUGGGCUCGUUUACUUGUUCGAAUACUUCAUCAAUCAAGGAUUGUUUGAGCUCAUCGAUUUUGAGGGAAUAUGGUUGGACCACGCUGCACAAUAUAGAUGGCUUCAAGUUGAUUACCAAAUCGGUGUUUUCAUAUCCAGAUCAUCGGUUAAUUUGGUUACGAUCAACAGGAUCUGGAUAAUGGCAGCUCUUCAGUUUGUCAAUGUAAUAAUAAUGACCUUCGAGACGUUGUACUUCUACAUUCCGAAUAUCUGGAUCGUAUUUGCGAUCGUAUUGUGGGAAGGUCUUCUCGGCGGAGGAGCGUACGUCAAUACUUUUUACAAAAUGUCCAAAGAGGUGCCGGCAGAAGAUCGAGAAUUCUCACUUGGAAUAACAACCAUGGCGGAUUCAAUCGGUAUCGCUUUAGCUGGUUGGAUAGCGAUGCCAGUGCACAAUGCCAUUUGUAAACUACCUCAACCAACGCGACUAGGGUGAACUAAAUCGAAGUCAAAUUAUAUUUAUUAUAAUUAAGAUUGCGUACUGCAGUGAUCUGCAGUUCAAGUCACGAGAAAUGGUUCGAACAAUUCAGGUACUUAAUAUUUAUUUUUUAACUUCCGAAAUUCUGUCCUGUAUACUAGGUAUACUUGGUAUGUAAACGAGAUUUUCGUACUCAAAAACCAAUCAGAUUGCAUAUACAUAGGCGAAUAGAAAUAGAGCUCUGAAAAAUAUUAUCGUCAGUAUGUUUGUACGAACGGUAUUUUUAUGCGAGAUAGUAAAUUUUAUUUUCCAUCUGUUAUUGUUGUACAAUAUUGUUAAACUUAUUAUUAAAAAUUGUUGUAUAGAUUACAGUUAUGAUAAUAUUUCAGGAAGAGCGUGGGUACUUAAAUA